UCUGAAUACACUUGUGUGAGUGGCAAGUGCACGUGUGUAUUUGUUUGUCCGAAUAAUCUGUUGCUGUGCGUUUUUAAUUCAUUUUCCAUUUUAUACCACCCGCGAUCCGAAUCUAAAUCAGUACAUAAAAGAGUUUGUGGCGAGCUAGCGGUCAAAAGGGCAAAACCAUAAACGUCACCAACGGUAUACGCACUGUGGGAAGUGGAAAAAAAAGGCCGCAGAUCGAGAUCUCCCCCAGCGACAGACACACUUUGACGCCACCACGAUGAGCAGCUUUCCCAGUUUCGCGGACAUUUCGGCCAAGUUCUCGGAGGACACGCUGGAUGAGAUCAUCCGUAAUAAGGGCGGCACCCGGCACACCUCCUACAAGUUCGGACCGAGCGGCAAGAAGGGCGACGCCUAUCUGAGCCGGGUCUUCCGGAUAACCAUCUUUGGCGUGAAGGAGGCGCAGGCCGGCCAGGAUGAGGAGCAACUGGAGGUCAGUGUGAUCGUGAAGGCCAUGCCCGACAAUCUGCACCGAAGGCGACUGUUCCGGUCGGUGUUGUUCUUCCGCAACGAGAUCCACUUCUACACGAAGGUUAUCCCGGCCAUCGAGGCCUUCCAGAAGUCCCGCCAGCCGGCGCCCAAGAAGCCAUUCGUCGAGUAUCCCCUGUGCCUGGCCAGCCUGUGCGACGGGGUCAACGAUUUCAUCGCCCUCGAGGAUGUGGGUCCCAGAGGCUAUACGGCCCCAGUGCGCCAGGACUACAUUUCCCUGGAGGAUGCGAUGCUGACGAUGCGAACCCUGGGUCGUUUCCAUGGCGUGGCCCUGGCCUUCAAUGCCCUGGAUCACGAGAACUUCGAGAAGGCGGCGGGAUCGUUGGAGGAGACCUACUACGGCGAACACACCCGGGAGUGGUAUGCGGACUUCCUCGUGCUGGCGAAGAACGUGGCCAAGGACGCCAUCAAGCAGGUGUAUCCGGACACCAAGUAUGAGACUGUGGCCGGCAACUACCUGCAGGACACGCUGUUCGACGACCUGAUCAACCUGGUCUCCACCCGCUCCAAGCUGAGCGUCUUCGGGCACGGCGACUGCUGGACACCCAACUUCCUGACCAAGUACAACGAGCAGGGGCAAUCGCAGGAGAUAAUCAUCAUUGACUUCCAGCUGGCCAGGUGCUCCUCCUUGGCCCUGGACCUGAGCUUCUUCACUUACUCGUGCACGAGCCAGGAGCUGCGGGAGCAGCACUACGAGAAGCUGCUUCGCGCCUACCUGGAGAGUGCCCAGAGCCUGAUCCAGGAUCUGGGUGGCAAUGCGGAGGCGAUCAUCUCCUGGGACUCGCUGCAGGAGGAGCUGAAGAACUUCGGACGCUUUGGCGUCGGCAUGGGCAUCGAAUCGCUGCCGAUGACAAUGAUAGAGGACGAUGAGGUGGCCGAUCUGGAUGAGAUCAAGGAGAACGCCGUCCUCACCGACAUCUGGAACAUCACGCCCUUCAAGGAGCCAGCCAAGCAGCAGCGUUUGGCCGACAUGUUCAAGCACGCCAUCGAUCAGGGCUACAUUAAGUAGACAAUCGUUCAAGUAUCUCUUAUGAUUUUCCCGCCAUUUUCUAUGGUCAAAUCGAAAGCAUUUAGUAUUGCGAAUUUUUAUAUGUAUGUAACCCCUUGUAUGUCUAUGCAUAUGUACACAAUAUAACUCCAAAUUAUUAUAA